AUGAUUCUCCGAAGAUUUACUCUAGGCUCAUACCCGAAGGCCCGGCACUUCUCAUCCCGGAGAGCGGUCAUAUACUCAAGCACUGGCGAUCCUGCUCAAGUGCUAUCUAUCUCCAGGGUUUCUCCACUAUCCGAGUCGGUCCCAACAGGACAUAUCGGAGUUAAACUAUUGCUUUCUCCUAUCAAUCCAGCCGACCUAAAUGUAGUCCAGGGAGUAUACCCCUCCAAGCCUGUGAUUCGAGAUGACCUAGGCACUCCAUCACCCGCAUUUAUUGGCGGAAACGAAGGACUAGGUCAGGUGGAGAAAUUGGGUGAUGGUGUAACCGAAUUAUCUGUCGGAGACUGGGUCGUCAUGACCAAACCCCAGUCGGGAACCUGGGCUUCUCAUGCAGCUCUCGAAGAAGGGGACUACGUGAUUCAGAAUGGCGCGAAUAGCGCAGUUGGUCAGGCCGUCAUUCAAAUCGCCGCUGCACGCAAGUUGAAAACUAUAAAUGUGGUUCGCGACCGCCCCAACAUUGAUGAGCUUAAGCAGUACCUUACAUCGCUUGGUGCAACGCAUGUUAUCAUAGAACAGGAAUUGUCGAAUGAGUCAAUGCGAAUCAAGCUGAAGGAAUGGACGCAAAGCAAGGGAAUAAAACUUGGGCUAAACUGUGUAGGGGGGAAACCUACUACAAUCCUCGCCAAACAGCUUGGACCCAACGCUGCUUUGGUUUCUUACGGUGCGAUGAGCAAAGCACCGCUCUCGUUGCCCACUAGUUUGUUUAUAUUUAAAAAUCUUACUUCGUAUGGAUACUGGCAAACCCGAUGGUACGAGACCCAUACUUCGGAAGAGAGACAAUCGAUGCUUCAAGAAAUCACCGAGCUCAUGCUCGCAGAUAAACUUAAAGCUCCGGAACACGAAAUCUUAACAAUCCCUGAUUCGGAUGAAGGCGCAACUCAUCUACUGAGGGAAAAGCUGAAACAAAUCGACGCAGGGAGGUAUGGGAAGAAGCUCUUGCUGAAGUUUGCCUAG